AUGAACUGCUGUAAAUGUUCUAUUUCCAGAAUGCCGCUGUUUGGUAAGAAAAAGUUCGACGAGAAGAUCACGAAGAAAUAUGUGUUUCACGAAGUUCUGGGAACGUAAGUAUAACCACAAAAGCAUGGCAGAUAGUGUGUAAAAUAAGAUUUGAGCAAAGUGUAAAGUUCCAUUCAAGUCUGCGAUUAGACGUGCUAAAAGUGAUGUCAAAUGGUUUCCUCUCCUGAGCGGUUGAUACUUGAGGUGAAACCUAUAUGUUUUAAAACAUAAACAAUUCUGACCGACUUGACUGUUGCUCAUUUUCACAGGGGCGCUUUCUCCGAAGUUGUUAUGGCCGAAGACAAGACAACUAGCCAAUUAUAUGCUGUUAAAUGCAUCAACAAACGAAAUCUUUCCGGCAAAGAAGAUGCAAUCGAAAACGAAAUCGCUAUCUUAAAGAAGUGAGUCAUUACUAGAAAUAAUAACCGGUCCAUGUUCAUUUACAUCGCCACUGCAUGCUUUGCCUAGCCAGUCAUAAAAUAUUUCUACACGCACGACAGUGCGACGUUUCGAACGUUUGCCGUGUAUUUUAAUUAAGAUCAUUCGUUCUUUGAGCAAUCGGAUCAUUACUUACUUUUGUCUGUGUAUUUAUUCUACCAACAGGGUCGACCAUCCCAACAUUAUCCGACUGUGGGAAAUAUUCGACAACAAAACCCACCUGUAUUUAGUAAUGGAUUUGUAAGUAGCUCAAGCAUUUUGAAACUCAGUUCUCACAUACGCCAUGUUAAUGGCUUUGUUCAAAUCUUGAUUAAAAUUUAAUCAAACUUCUAGAGGCCAAACAGCGAGUGCUGUUUGAUAAUAAUUAUCUCGCUGCAGCUUGCCCUUUGAAUUUGAUAAACGUUCGGGUGGUGAUCUGUCAAAAAAUUCUAGCGAUCUGUUCGACCUUAAUUUGCUACAUAUUACUCGGGUUUAGUAUACCUCUUCUUAAAUCAUCCUUCCAAUUCCAAAUUUCAAUUCCCUUACUUAUUUGCUCAAGGGUGGUGAAUUCAUUUGUCGUGAUCAAGCAAUUGAUGUUUUACAGACGAUGUGGGCUUGAAGGUGUUAGCUGUAUCACGCUGUUUGAUAUUCAUAACACGAAAACAUUUCCUGGUCGAUCUCGCACUUGUAAAAUACUCUUGAAGCAAUUAACGUCUGCGGGAGUUCUUCCACGAGAAUACAUUUACAAUUUCGAACGUGCCUUUUCCUUAAUUUGAAAAUUGCGUUGGGCGAGACUAUAGCUCCAAUUCACGCUUUAUUGUUUCUCUUUUAACAUUGUUUUCCUUAUUUUAGAAGGGAAUUAUUUUCGAUCCCAAGGGGUUAUCACUAAUAGCUAGUUAAUUUCCGCCGAUCGUUUGAAUCAAAGGCAAGCUGACGUUCUGGAAAUAUAAUGUAAACAAAAGAGAAAUUUGUCAUUCCAAAGUCUAGCCCUAAAGUCGCGAUUUAAUCCCAAGCAACUCAACAUUUCUAGUCAAAAAAAUUAAAGAUUUGUAGUUUUCUUUGUUAAAAAAUAUGCUAAAUAAACAACAGUCUUCGAAAGUAAUUAAUAAUAUUUGAUAGGCUUCAUGUUUAUUGCAAUAAAAUUUGAAGACUGUCAGAGUUAUUCCACCUCCACAACCAGAAGCUAAGGAAAAAGUAAUCUAGGAUCUACUGGGGGUCAAUCCAGUCACAGACUGAAAAAUAUUGUUAACGGAGCGAGCGUGAUCGUGUCGAGUUCUUAACGGUUUUAAAAUAAAAUAUGCAUGCCGCCUCUUGGAUUUUGCAAACGAAAGGGUCAGACCCUCUUGUUAUCUUCAACUAUAACAAACUAGCGGGUUAAUUUUACAUUUAAAGCAUGUAGAUGAUUAUUCUGGCGCUGUGUGAUAAAGACUUGAACUCUGCAUCUCUCAUAAUUUCACUUAUAGUCUUCUAUGCCAAAAGUUAAACUUUGGUGUGACUUCGUACGUGCGCGCGCGUGGGCGAAACGCUCAACGUCAUGUGGAAAAAAAAAUUCCUUGUAUAGAGAAGCAAAUGCUGAACGACGUCAUCCGAGUUAGAAGCAGUGUUUUUGAUUGAAUAUAAAAUUUUAAGGCUCUUUCUAGAUAAAAUGGUAUAAACUGUAUAAUUAUUGAUUUUUUUCUUUUUAUAACUGAAAUUUUAAUAUUUCAAGAAGUCAAAUAUUGAUAUCUGUUUCUUAGUAAUUGUUUGUUUCUUUACAUGACAUGGAAAGCAUGGGGCAAUCUGAAACUAAGAAUGAUGAUGACGUGUUGUAGGCAGGUGCUCUGAAGUUGCUCUGAACAGUUUCAAAUUUUGCUACAUGUAAACCAUAUUAUCAGCAUAGAUAUUCUCUGUACUCUCCUUCCUAUGUAUUUCUUAUGCAUGGUAAGGGUGAUCGCAGAAUUUGCAUAACUAUCAACAUGUUCCUUUAUACUUAGUGAUUUAUUCCAAUUAUGAUACUAUAAUGAUGAUGAUGAUGACUAAGAUGCUGCAGGGGGGGGGGGCAGAGGGGAGGGGACGGUGGGCCCCUUGGUCCUACCCCUAAAACCACCCAUGGUUAAUUGCCAUCAUCAUUAUUUGCUGCAUAAUUUAACUCAGUAAUUAUUCACAAUUAUUCCUUGAGCCCGAAUGGGCUCUGAGUCAAUAGCCAAUAAGGGCGAAGGCUGAAUGGGCUAUUCACUCAGAGGCCAUGAGGGCCAGAGGAAUAAUUGUUUUAGUAAAAUCCAACUAGCUGGUCAAAAAUAUCGAGAAAAAAAAUUAGCUAGUUAAAGCUAGAUGUUAAUCCUUUUUUGCCACCAAAAAGCCCACGCUUUUUGCUACUAGUGGGCUAUAACAUAUAGCCUAGUAGUAGCUCAACUAAUCAGAACGCAGCAUUGAUAAUAGACCACCAGUUGGAUUUUACUAAUUAGAGAUAGGCCCCAUGUCUAACAUCCCAUAAUUUCAUUUCAGGGUAAAAGGUGGAGAAUUGUUUGACAGAAUAGUAGAGAAAGGAAACUACACAGAGAAGGACGCCAGUGACCUCAUAAGACAAAUUCUUUCAGCUGUAGAUUAUUUACAUGAUAAAGGCAUAGUGCACAGAGAUUUAAAGGUGCCGUAUAAUUUACUACACAGCUAUCUUGAUAGUUUCAAAUUAUUUGCAUUCUAUGUUAUAUGAUAUAUUGCUUUACGUAACAAUUUGAAAGGUGUCAGCCACUUUAAAUGAUAUUGUCGAGAAAGGAAACCUAUGUUACAGGCCAUCUUUUUUGCUUAAAAUUUUGAAAUUUGACAAUGGCAAAUGCCCUACUCCCGUGCAGACCUUUGAUGACAAAUGUCCCAUGGUAAGAACUUACAAACUCACAAGGCAUCAUCCCCCCUGACCAGGGGAAUGAACACGCUAGUUAUUAACUGAGCUAAAAGUAAGUAAAUCGUUGUUCCAUAGCUGAACAGCUAUUACUAUUGAAUCUUUAAGAUAACCUAUUAUAUUUAUUUUAUGGAUCAAUCUUAGUCCCAUACUAAAACAGAAGUGCCAGUGUUUAUACUUACAGAGUUUUAUCAGCUGUUAUUUAUAGUUAAUCCAGAACUUAUUUUGCUUUAUACCUUUCAGCCUGAAAACCUCCUUUAUUACAGGUAUUCUUUUUCAACCGUUAAAAUCCCAAUCUAAAUAUUUUGCAUGUACUAUUGCCUCUCUUAGCAGGUAAUUUAUGGUGUACUAAGAGACAAUGACCUCUUGCAGAGACAUGUAAUGAUGACUUUGACUGCAAAAUAUUGUUGUGCAUUGUCAUUUCCUCAAGUAUCAGCAUUAUUAUCAGGUUUUUUAUUAAAUUAUUGUUUCAUCAUUUUCUGGCCUGGGGCAAUAAAAGUGUCUAUAAAGUUGAAGGGCUUGAUUAGUUAUCCUUACAGAUCCAAUUUUUAUCAUUAAAAAAUAAAUAAAUAAAUAAAUGACGCCUUGUUAUUAAUUUACUGUUUCAGCCCAGAUGAGGAUUCAAAAAUAAUGAUUAGUGAUUUUGGAUUGUCAAAAACAGAAGAUGAUGAUAGUAUGAUGGCUACAGCUUGUGGAACACCAGGAUACGUUGGUAAGUUAAUUCAUGUUUUAAAUAAAUCAUUGUAAGGGUAAUCUAAGUGAUAGCCUGUGGAUGACUUUUGUCCCUGAUUUUAAAUUGAAAUAAGUUUUGGAAUCAUGUGAAUUUUUUGGAAGGAGUACUACAAUAUUGAAGAACCAAGGAAAACAGUGCGAGGGUGAGAAUAGAAUGAGUUCCGUGGAUUUGUUAUUUGUACACCUCCUAGCACUUUGUUUGCCCCCCAAAUUUUGUGCAAGAAUAAAAUAUUGUUUUCAAUUUCUCUUGGGAUGACUCCUGCAUGAGCCAGACAGGUACAACAAACAGUCGAGUUUGCAGGUAAACUCCUCUGUAUAAGAAGGUCAUGAAAAAAGAUCAGAGACAAGCAUUUAAAUGACUUUGGAACUUGUUUGUUCUGAGUAGCAUCUCAGGGCUCUCUCACCCAUUAUUGAAAUUUUUCCCCGCUGUUUUUCCCGAUCCAACUGACCGUCCCACGGCCCAAGGAAAACUCUUAGGUAAAGCUCAGUUUUAAAAGAUGAUUUGCUUCUCAUGUAGCUGGAAUUGACACACUUGAAUUUUACCUUAUAUAAUAUGGGUACAUUAUAUAAAGAUCACACCAGAAAUACUAUACCAACAAGGGCAAAAAUUGAGGCCCUCAAAAACCAUACCAUUUUGGGCAGCACAUACCUCCCUAUCUAACCCUUAUAUGGGAUUACCUCCCCUGGGAUUGUGGGCUUCUUUUAUGAAACUUUAUCAUUCAACUCUGUCCUUCAAUUGCUCACAGAUGUAGCUAUAUUUUUAUGUUUCAUUCAUAUUUUCAGCACCAGAAGUCUUAAGACAAAAACCUUAUGGGAAGGCCGUGGACUGUUGGGCUCUUGGAGUAAUCUGUUACAUUUUGUAAGUUUGAUAGUGCGUUUUGAAGGCAAUUACAAUUUUUAUCUCCUUGCCGUUUUCCUUUUGUCUCUUAUGUGCUGUAUAAGAAGGAUUUGAUCAGUAAUCAAGAUCUUAUGUCACACUCCCUUGAUCCCUUUACUUUUAAUGAUAAACCAGUGAUAGCUAUGAGCAAAACUGCAUUUCUUAUUUUAGAAUUCUCGUCAUUUUGUGAAAGCUGGACACGCAGCACAUUUAAGUUUCAACAUUGUAAACCCUUUAUUUUUACUUAUAUAUUUAUUUUGCAAGAUGAUAUUAGAGCUUAGAAAAUUGGAAAUAAACUUUAAUUACCAGUACAUUGUUUUCUCACUUAUUUUCCCAAUAUUAAUUGAUGAGUCUAUUAUUAAGCUUAACAUUAAUUUAGCUUAAGUCUUUAAAAGUCUAUAUUAAAUUACUUCUUAACUAUUUUUUAUCUUAAAGACUCUGUGGAUAUCCCCCGUUCUAUGAUGAAAGCGAUGCAAAUUUGUUUGCACAAAUCAUGAGAGGGGAGUAUGAAUUUGAUUCACCGUACUGGUAAGUUUUUUUAUCUGUUAAUUCAAAUCGUGGAGUGAAUCCGAGUGUUGAACCGGUUAACACUCUGAGAUUUUGCUUUCCUAUCCUUUGUCCCGCAUGAUUUUGCCAAAUGCUUUUGAAUAAAUAAUUCAUCGGGUUAAGAGGAUUCUGUAAAAGAAGUCAAAGAAAACAGACCAUGCAUGCUUCUUCAGGAUUGAAAAUCAGUAGAAAAUAUUCGGUUACUCUAUGACUCUAAUUAGAAACAGACUUUCGUGACCAAGACUGUGGCAAAUCACGAAUUAACACCUCUUUUUCGGUACAACGGAAGUAUUUCUCUUACUGGGUAUCAAGUACAGUUAAUCAUGUUAAGGCUCCUAUGAAUUAUUUCUCCGUAAAGUAAUGUUCAAGUUGAUCACGUGUGUUGCGAUAGGACUCAAACUAGAAAUGUGUUUAUUCAUAUGAUGUCUUUCCUGCGCUGGCAUCACUAUGUAACUAUUUUUACCGUUUUUUAAGAUAUACACUUACCGGUACUUUCUUUUAUAGUCUUUAACGCAUCCAACCGUUUAAGAAGCUUCGGUCCCUGCAUGAAAACACAGAAUGAAAACAUAAACCGUCACUGAGUGUUUAAGAGCUUCGCUCUCUGCAUGAAAACACAGACGAAAGCAAAAAAGCUUAUAUCGGCUGGAAUGAUCUCAGACGAUAAGCUCAUGUCUCUCCUUUUUAUAAAUAAUCCAUAAACUAUUUGAAUGUCUAACCUUUAACUUAACAUAAUAAGCUUAACUAUAUAAAUCUAACUUACCGUGUUAAGAUUAAAAGGAAGCCAUUCCUGAAAAAUGGUGCAACCCACAAUGCACUUUGCUUUUUGUCCACACCCACUUCAUGUAGUUCCGAGUCACAAAACUGAUCUCUUCUUUCUUUUUUCCUAAAUUUUAUCGUAGGGACGAUAUCUCGGAAUCGGGUAAGUAUUAAAGCUCUCUUUUCGGAAGUGCUACAUUGCAACCGCUGUAAAAAUGUUCUUAUUAAAGGCUUGCUUAUAAUGGAAAGUGCACUUAGCUCAUCCAGCUAGUUUACAGACACUCCCCUCAAAUACUUCGAAACAAAUAAUUCAAAUACAACAUAACAUAACAGGAUUAAAAACCCCAACUGGCAGGAGACAACCAGUUGGAUAUUUACAAGUGUGGCCGAGGAUUUGAACUCGGGAAGACCGAGAACAAAUGCGCGGCCCGAUCCCGGGACCGCCGGAUUGAUGAUUGAUGAUCGACUACGCGAAGUCAUUUUUGACUGUCGAGUUUUGACAAGACAUCACCGAAUUUGACAUCGGUGAACCUACUCCUUACUGAUAAUCUAAAAGAAAUUCAUUGAGAACAAAAGUAUAGUUUUAGCAUAUUUUAGCAAUAAACGGAAUUAUAAGCCUUUUAAUACUUCCGCUGUUAAGAAUUUUUUUUCUUACCGGCGCUCUUCUUUGCUAUUGAGGGUGGUCUUGUCCGUUAGUAAAUUCUGUGUGUUUUAAUGGCAAUUUCAGCCCAACAUUUUAUCACGUGUCUACUACAAGUCGACCCCAAGAAACGCUACAACUGCAAACAGGCAUUGGAUCACCCAUGGUACGCCAUGUUUAUCUUGUUUAUUUUACAUGAAUAGUUUUUCUUCCAGUGUUCUCCUGUUCCCUUGAAAAUUUAACACGGCUAAUAGACUACUAAUCAAAAGAGCCUAGUAACCCAGACUUAUACCCCUGGGGAAACUCCCUCAUGACUCUAACCGGGGUACUUGUCCUUCCUAUGUGUUAUCACUGGAGGCCUGAAAAUUUGUGGAUCGGUUCCGCUUAUGGCGCUUGCAUUUAAGCAUAGGGACGUUAACAAACUCUCACGGUCAAACACGAUGAUUAUACGUGCAUGUUGCAACUGAACACUGCCUUAGUUUGAGACACGCUUGCAAAACGAGUCCUCCUUCCCCGUUGUAACAUCGGAGUUCUUUCGCAGGGCUUGAAAAAAAAAACACGAAUUCAACCUUGUCGUUUGGGAAAGCGGCUCUCACAUCUUGCUCGUCUUAGUUAAUGGUUUUGUUAGAGGACAACCUGUCUUGACCAGGAGCCUAUUACUAGUAAUCGGCUCCUGCCUGUACCCUUGUCCAUGGGACAAGUAAGCUGGGAUACGUUGCCCAAAAAGAAAGACUACCCGACUGGACUUUUACCUAUAUUUACGGGUAACGACGAGCCACAAUUAAAUUAGUGAAUCUAGAUUCGUGAUAAAUGAAGGAACAAGCUGUAGCCUCGACUGUAACUAAAUGCGCUUUGACUUGAAAACACUUCAGUAAAAUGGCUUGUUCUUGUUCUUCAGUUAAUCUCUGUGUUUCCUUCUUUAUUUCAGGAUUUCUGGUGGAGCGGCCAGUGAGCGCGACAUUCACGCCUCAGUCAGCGAACAAAUGAAAAAGAAUUUUUACAAAGCAAAAUGGAAGGUAUGAUAUGGUGAUAUUUUGGGAUAGUACUCUCUUGAUUGAAAUUAAUAAAGAUAUUAAUAACAAUUUUUUAUUAGUAGCUAGGAAACCUAAAUGAAACCACGGGACUUAGUAUAACAUUAAUACUCUUUAAUAAGGAGGUCUAAGGUGCCUUUGGACUAGGCACGUGUUUUCUGUAAUUAACUUGUCCCGCAAUAAGCCGUUUCUGAGUUGCCUCAAGCCUCUGUUUCAAAGCAAGGCUAAGUGCAAAACCAUUGAUAUGAAAAUAUUUUUUAUUGUUAUGCAAAUAAAACACAGUUUCACGACAAAGGUUUUGCACGUAGCCUCGUUUUAAACGGGAGAGUUUUUUGAACUCAGAAACGGCCUAUUUUAUUGUUGACCUAUUUCAACAUCUCCCUCCCAAGGUCCUCUCCUUUGGUCCCCCGGAGUGAGAGUGGGGAAGACUACGGAAGAGCCCUUGGAGUGAUGUUAGAGCCAUUUUGAAAUAAAUUACUCGAUUGCUUGUACUUUCUACUUAUUCUUGUCUACUUUUUUCCUCUUUAUCUUGCAGCAAGCGUUUAAUGCCACAGCUGCCAUGAACCGAUUGAAGAACCUUAAACUAGGCGCUGAUUCAGCUAGAGCGUCUGAAUCCAACAACAACGCGAAAAAAAUUUAACAAGUUGGUCUGAUCUAGGGACUGUAUUUUAUAUGAUAUAAAUCAUGAUAGAUCUUUUUUAUAGUAUAGAAUUUCAGAGCAACCGCCAUGUUUUCUUGGCCCGGCCUAAGAAGCUCAUUAUUUUGGAACAUAGUCUUCCCCACCCCCUUACCCGUGGGAAGCGCGGGGGGCGGGGGCGGAAGACAUUUCAGACUAUUUGGAACACUGAGGUAGUGUUAUAAACCUAAGCUUAGGCUACUGGUACAAAAUUAAUUAGCUCCG